GGGACGGUAUGGAGCAGGAAUCUUUUUAUAGUGACGAAAUUGCAUACAUGUUACUCGUGAAAGACAGUAACGAGCCAAACGAUUUAAAUUUUACCACGAGUGAUGGUGCUGUUAAUUGGAAUGCAGUGGGGUGUUACUUUGAAGAUUAUUUGGUACCUCACGAUCAACCUCUUUCAUAUGAACACUGUUACCGAUUGACGCCUAAAUUUCACACGUUCCUGACAAGCUGUCCACAUGCAUUGUAUUCCCCGGAAAAGCUGAAAUGGACCAACCGUCUGGAGUUGAUAGCAAUGACCUCAGAAGCUCCGAUUGUAAAUUUAACUAGCGUUCUGACCAUUUCAUCGAUCCUGGAGUAUUCUCUGGGCAAUGUUUACCUCACCGAAAGUGGUUCGAUGCCACCACACUUACUUCGAGAUCUGUUGAUGACUGAUACCCUGGCCACAGUAAUGGGUGAAACUGUGAUAUAUCUACUGCGCCUUCUACUGGGAACGCCGAACGGCAUUAAUUUGAGAAACCUAGUCUGGCACGGGUUUCUCAGUGAGGAAGAAGUCAGUCCAUUCUAUAGCAAUUUUUUGCUACUGGUACUGAUCACCGUGGGAGACAUUCUGGAGGAACGAAACAUUGCAAUCAAACAUCGAAGCUGUCCACAAGAUACGAGAAAGUUGUUCCAGCAAAUGGGCCUCGUGAGCGUUGAUGAGCUUCAGCUACUAAAAUGCUUGGAAAAUAAUAAAUUCAUAUCAACAAGGCAAAUGGAAGGUUGGAAGCAAGUUUUAAAAUAUUACGAGUAUGAGCAGUACUAUUUUUGCAUUAGCCUUGCAUUGCCACAGCUAGAGAUGUACCUUAGAAGGUUGUACAGCCAACUCUAUCAGAGGGAUUUUCGAGCAAAGCUUGAGGAGUACUACAUUAUAAUGGAUACAGUUUUUGAAGAGUGUAAUUCCUGCACGGGUGACCGCAACAAAAUUCAUAAAGUUUAUUCCACUUCAAUGUUGGAACUAGUCUACGAUCUUCUAUCGGCCAUGAAUGGUCCAAGGAUCAGAGAUAAGCUAAGUCACGGCGAGCUACAGUUAGAACAGGUUGACGACACCGUUACAAGAGGCGUGCUAUUGGCAUGCUAUGUGAUAAUAACCAAUGGUUCGGAUUUCGUUUACAAGAGCCUAUUCCAUCCUAAUGCAAUUCUCAGACUGAAACUGGAAGAAUGCAAAGCAGCAAUCGACAUGUGUCAGACUGCCCAGUUACGAGUGGGUUUAGUAGUUGCUGAAGCGGAUCAAGAUAUUCCAAUCAUACCAGAAGUAGGCAUUACAGAUAAUGUUAAUAUUUUCUACCGGCCAAAAGGUGAGGAAAUAGCAAUUGGAAUGUUGAUGAGAAUAGCAACAACGUUGAGGAUGGCAGCUAAGAACAUGCAAAAUUCGUUGGUUUCCAAGCUGGAAGCUAUGGAAAAAAGAGAGCUGCGGUCCAGAGCUAGGAAUACUUUUACUAACAUGAUGAAAAUGCUUCCUGUAAUUUGGAGAGGAUUGGACUUAGUAAUGCAUCUACUUACGUGGAUUUUCCACUGUCUAAUGCAAAAUAGUGAGCUAGAUGCUCUCGACAAAUUAGUAAGAUUUUUGAAGUUUAUUCUAAAAUACACGGAAAAUGCGGCUAACAACCUAGACACAAAGAACAAUACCUGGCUACCCCUGUACGAUGCAACCAGGCGCGAGCUGUACGAUAAAACUAGGCAAAAUCUUACGCUACUACUGUGCUGAGAAAAGUUGAUAUAGAAGUAUGUGUUUGGCUUUGUCAAAGUUUUUGAAGGUGAUUAAAAAUGGUAUAUUGAGUCGAAAUAAAUAAUGUUUCUAUACUGCGAAAAGGCGUGAAAA